UAGUUUAGAAAAUUAACCUGUAACAAUCAUAGCUCACUUUCUAAGUUAACCUGAAGAAAAGUUAUACAAAAAUCUGAAAUUAUAUUCAAUUUAAUAAUAAAGAGGCAGGCUCACAAAUACGCUUAUAUUAAAAAAGUGUAUACUCCAGCUUUUCGUUUAUGUAUUAAUCUCCAGUCAAUUUAAUAGAUGAACUCCACCUUCCCCAGCCAUUUAUAGCUUUUCUGUUCAUGCUAGCAAUUUGGCUCCUUAGUUCGUCACAGAAACAUCUACCAGCUGCAGGGGGUGGAGCCACGAUGAGCUCCGCCACUCAUUUGUUGAGACCUGGAUGAUAUGAAAUUAAUUUUCCAGUUCGUCCAUAAAGCUACACUUGUGCUGUAAGCAUCAACAGCCCCACGCAGUGUUCAUUCUAUCUCCUUACACGUAUAAAUACACCUGCAGCGCUCUUCCCCGCCGUUCGGUUUGCACCGCCAACAGGCAGCAGCUCCAGGCAUCGCGCCAGUCAUUUUAAGGAUGCUUAUUGGUCCCCCGAAAAACGAUAAAAGCUCGGACAUUUGUCAUGAAUCAAUAAAAUCCUCCCAGAGCCAACUUGAAAAUUGGACGUUAUGCUGCUAACACUUAGUUUUCGUCAACAACUCAGGCAGAAGUGAGAGCGCUUCGCAAGGCAAAUAUUGACCAGGCCGGAACACGGUGCGCUAAAUAAUAAAACAUAAUUUAACAAAGUUUUGAGGCAGAUAAAUUUUCCUCGAGGAAUUUUAAUAAUCGAGGUACUCGAAUCACUUGAGGAAUCGUUUCAGCCCUAUUUUGUAUGACUAUUACAUCCUCUCCCCUCUCUCUACUAGGGGGAAAAUAUGUCCCUCGUGCUGUGCUGGUCGACUUGGAGCCAGGCACCAUGGACUCUGUGAGGUCUGGACCUUUUGGCCAAGUGUUUAGACCUGACAAUUUUGUUUUUGGUCAGAGCGGUGCUGGAAAUAACUGGGCUAAGGGUCACUACACUGAAGGAGCAGAGCUGGUGGACUCUGUCCUGGAUGUGGUGAGAAAGGAGGCAGAGGGCUGCGACUGUCUGCAGGGCUUCCAGCUCACCCACUCCCUGGGAGGAGGCACCGGCUCCGGCAUGGGCACGCUCCUCAUCAGCAAGAUCCGAGAGGAGUACCCAGACCGCAUCAUGAACACGUUCAGCGUGGUGCCGUCACCCAAGGUGUCGGACACCGUGGUGGAGCCCUAUAACGCCACCCUGUCUGUCCACCAGCUGGUGGAGAACACUGACGAGACCUUCUGCAUCGACAACGAGGCGCUGUACGACAUCUGCUUCCGUACGUUGAAGCUCACCACGCCCACCUAUGGCGAUCUGAACCACCUGGUGUCGGCCACCAUGAGCGGCGUCACCACCUGCCUGCGCUUCCCCGGCCAGCUGAACGCAGACCUGAGGAAGCUGGCUGUCAACAUGGUGCCGUUCCCCAGACUGCACUUCUUCAUGCCGGGCUUCGCCCCACUUACGAGCCGCGGCAGCCAGCAGUACCGGGCCCUGACAGUCCCUGAACUCACCAUGCAGAUGUUCGACGCCAAGAACAUGAUGGCGGCAUGCGACCCGCGUCACGGCCGCUACCUGACGGUGGCCGCCAUCUUUCGCGGCCGCAUGUCCAUGAAGGAGGUGGACGAGCAGAUGCUGAACGUUCAGAACAAGAACAGCAGCUACUUCGUCGAGUGGAUCCCCAACAACGUGAAGACGGCUGUGUGCGACAUCCCGCCACGCGGCCUCAAGAUGUCUGCCACCUUCAUCGGAAACAGCACGGCCAUCCAGGAGCUGUUCAAGCGCAUCUCAGAGCAGUUCACCGCCAUGUUCCGCCGCAAGGCCUUCCUUCACUGGUACACCGGCGAGGGCAUGGAUGAGAUGGAGUUCACCGAGGCGGAGAGCAACAUGAACGACCUGGUGUCCGAGUACCAGCAGUACCAGGACGCCACGGCCGAGGAGGAGGGCGAGUUUGAAGAGGAGGGAGAAGAAGACAUGGCAUAAGCAGCUCAUGUGGCAGCUUUGCUCUUGGGCAACAUUGUCAGGUUUCACCAUUUCUUUCUUUGUUCAAAGUGUCAAACCAAUGACAAUUAAGGUGUGAUAAAUGUCACCAGUUUUGCUUGUUUUAAAAGUUUUAGAAUUGUUUUCAGGCUUUGCAGAAAACAUGUUAAAUAUUACAUUCGAAUUUUCUUCUGGAACAUAAAUUUAUUAACCUGUAAUUCUGCUCCGUAGCAUUUUGAAUGUUUUGGAUAUUGAAGCUUUUUUCUGUGAGCGGUUUGUUUUUAUGUGGUCGCUCAUUUUUUGACUGGGACUGUGAGUGUUUUUCUAAAUGUUGUAACUCCUCCAGCCUGACCUCCACAUUGCCCGCUCACAAUGCAUUUCUUUAAAGCUGUUUAUUUUUCUACAUAAUCCUGACGAGUUGGUACAGAACUCCCAGGUCUAGCCACAUGGGAGAAAAAAACACAACUAUAUAAUAUCUUGUGGUAACAACGUCAUUAUGAAGAGAUAUGGCCAAGCGUGUUUUUUAAUUCCCAUGUCACCGGAUGGGCUCUGUACGUUUGUCUUAUCUUUGGAUUUUGUAAUUUUCAGUCUGUGGUGUAUUUAGGAUGGUUUCCUAAAUAGAUUUUCAUUAAUAACUUGAUGGAGUAACUUCAUAGUUUCAAAUAAAGGUUUUUACCCUGGUACUAAGCUGUGAAUUGGUGAUUUUUGUCAGUUGAAGGCAUAUUCGAGGCGAUUUUAAUGCUUUCAUGUUGAAAAUGAAGGAAAUAAAUCUGGAUGUUACAGAGCCAGUGUAUAAAGGGCGACAUCUGCUGGCCAAAUGGCAGCAUUGUAUUUAAUCGGAGGAAACCUUUGAGCCAUAUGGAAUUAAAAUUCAGCACAUGCGCAGUAAUGUGAUGCAAUGAUCUGAAACAAUAAUAAAACUAAACUGAUAGAAUACUUUCAGAUCCAUCUAACAUACAACAGCUGAAGUUGGUGAUGAUCUGCAGAACUCUGGAUCCCGAGGAAGAAACAAAGGUUCUGGUCCAACUUUCUGAAGCAGAAGCAGAGCAACAGAAAGUUCAUGAUUUGCAUUGAAAUGAAAUCUAAGCUGAACAUUUAGUUGAGAUCUGUUCACUUAUCUCUGCAUAAAUUAACCCUUUCAUGCAUAGUGGUCACCACAGCAGAAUGCUGCUGCAAGAGUCCUAACUAAAACAAAAAGAGAUCAGCAUAUCAGUCUAGUUCUAAAAUCUCUUCACUGGCUGCCUGUUGCUCAAAGAAUAGAAUUUAAAAUCUUCUUAAUAGUUUACAAAGCACUUCGUAAUAGAAACCCAGACUACAUUUCUGAUCUUCUACCCUGUAUACCACUCAGACCUUUAAGUUCAUCAGAAUCAAACCUACUUACUAUUCCGAGAGUCAGAACCAAACAUGGUGAAGCAGCUUUUAGUUUUUAUGCUCCAGCUCUCUGGAAUAAACUUCC